UUUUUUUUCAUAUACUUAUUUCGAAAAAAAUAUUAGAAAACAGAAAUCGAAAAAAAAUAAACAAAUAGUAGUAUGAUUUUUGAGUGAAAAAAAUUUAUCGAUAUUCAAUUCAAAUUUAUCACUUUUUUUUGUCUUCGGAAAAUAUGAUUUUUGAGGAAUAUCGAAAUGAGAGAUUUUAACGCGAAGGUUUUGGAAGAAAUAUUAAUUGGACUCUCCUCCGAAAAAGAAAUAAAAAAAUACUAAGACAGAAAAGGAGGGGAGAGAUCCCUGAACACGCCACAGUCUUCUCUUCCACUCACAGUCGCCGCCGUUAAACGGAUAAGCCUCCCCUUCUCCUCCGCCGCCGCCGUCUAUCUUCUGCAAAAUGGCGCAUUCAUGCGUCUCGUCUUCUUCUCUCAGAUUCAACACGUCCUCGCUUUCUCUCUCUUCACCAAACCCAUUUUCUUCCUCUUCUUCCUCCGCCAAAAUCGUAUCUCUUCCCUUCCAACCCCUCCGUUCCAGGAAGCUGAAGAAUUCUAACCUCCGGAGUUCGCCGGCGAAGGCUAUGUACACUCCAGAGUUUUAUGCCCCGGAGAGGAACUCACGCCAUGGUAUUUGGUCGAUUAGGGAUGAUUUACAUAUCCCAUCAUCGCCGUACUUCCCAGCUUAUGCUCAAGGUGGGCAGGGCCCGCCUCCAAUGGUCCAAGAACGUUUUAUGAGCGUUAUUAGCCAACUUUUCCAAUAUCGGAUAAUACGAUGUGGUGGAGCCGUUGAUGAUGACAUGGCGAACAUCAUUGUUGCUCAGUUGCUGUAUCUUGAUGCUGUUGAUCCUACUAAGGAUAUAGUCAUGUAUGUGAACUCUCCAGGUGGAUCAGUUACAGCUGGAAUGGCUAUCUUUGAUACCAUGAGGCACAUAAGGCCUGACGUUUCAACCGUAUGUGUUGGGCUUGCAGCUAGUAUGGGAGCUUUUCUACUAAGUGGUGGUACUAAAGGAAAAAGAUAUAGCCUUCCUAACUCAAGGAUAAUGAUCCAUCAGCCCCUUGGUGGAGCACAGGGUGGGCAGACCGAUAUUGAUAUUCAGGCAAAUGAAAUGUUGCAUCACAAAGCAAACUUAAAUGGAUACUUGGCGUACCACACUGGUCAAAGCCUAGAGAAGAUCAACCAAGACACAGAUCGCGACUUUUUCAUGAGUGCUAAAGAAGCCAAAGAGUAUGGUCUCAUAGAUAGCGUCAUCUUGAACCCGCUCAAAGCCCUCCAGCCGCUUGCAGCUGUAGCAGAAUAACAAUAAGGUUCAUUUUAUACUCCCACCACUUUCUGGUUGAUGAUCUCAUAAGCAAGAACAUGGGUUUUGUUGAUUUCAACUAUACAGCUAGAAAAUUUAGAAUCAACAAGAUACUAUGAAUUGUUCCCAGCGCAUCCAUGUACGAUUACUAUUUAGUAAUAUUUGAUGAACUUGUCGUUGUCCUAA